AUGUGGAGCAGCCUCGUGGUCAUGCGACUUCUGGAACUUACGAAACUCCAGAUGAGUGGUUUAGCCCUAAAGACCCGGGCCACUGCAAUCCGGAAUGCCCUCAACCGAUAUAAUAAACAUGCCACCACACUUGACCCUCCUCGUGCACCAAUCACAUGGGAGCAGUUGCACAACAAGCGUUGGUCAAUCCCUCGUAAUUGUCAAGCAUUGGGAAAAUACUUUGAUCUAGAACGUUCAAAGGAGGAGAUUGUGCGCUGCAAUAUUCGAGAUGAUGCGAUUCUUUUUCCAGCUGUAAUUGAGCAGUGUCAUGAAUCUAACCCACCUCUUGCAGCUGAGAUACAGCGCCGCUGGCACCAUCUGCAAUCUGUUAACACUUUCCACCUCUCCCGCAUUGCACAAAUUCACGCUCUUCCUGGAUUUUCGGGUAGCAGAGCUGUAGGGACUCGUGUCGGACAGAUGAUUAGUGAUGCACAAGCAGAAGGUGACGCAGAUACGGCUAAUGAGUUAGAGGAUGACGAGCAUGAUCCUGAUGGCCAGGAACAGACGUUGAUGGAGGACUUCUUUGAUCAGUUGCAUAUUGGAUCCGCCGAGACAGAGGAAGACUAGCAUAGCUGCAUUAGACUCACAGCCC